UGCCUGUCAACUUCAUAACAGCAGGCGAGGAAAGAAAUCCGUCAAAGAAGGGACGAUGGCCAGAGGUAGUCGGAGCCUGAGGAAAGUAGCUGAGUACAUUAAGCAGAUACCUUCUACUUCCAGCCGGGAAAUACAGACUAGGAACAACGUAAGAUACCUGUCGUCAUGUGGCAUCCUGAUGACUCGUGUUCCUCCCCUGCUGGGUGCAGCCAUGCCAGGGCGUGGCAUCAUGUUGCCCGCCCGCAGCUUCUUCAACCUCGCUGAUUCCCUCUCUAAGAGGAAGGAGUACUCCGAGAGACGCAUCAUUGGGUUUUCCAUGCAGGAGAUAUAUGACGUGGUUGCUGGGGUGGAAAACUACCGCCUCUUUGUUCCCUGGUGUAAGAAGUCUGAAGUGGUGUUCAAGCGAGCCGGAUUCUGCAAGGCCAAACUGACUGUGGGCUUUCCACCUGUUGUGGAGAGCUACACCUCCCUCGUUACCACAGUACGCCCCCACCUGGUCAAGGCAUCCUGUUCAGAGGCUAAACUGUUCAACCACUUGGAGACAGUUUGGCGCUUCAGCCCUGGCCUCCCCGGCUAUCCUCGUACCUGCACUGUGGAUUUUGCUAUCUCCUUCGAGUUUCGUUCCCUCCUCCACUCCCAGCUAGCUCACGUCUUCUUCGAUGAGGUGGUGAAGCAGAUGGUUUCGGCGUUUGAGCGUCGUGCCUCCAAGAUACACGGUGCCGAGACGGCCAUCCCUCGAGAGCUCAUGUUCCACGAGGUCCACCACACGUAGCAUCACCCGCGCUGCACAAACACAGACACAAUGCCCAAUGCCAACGCCAGAGAGAAAAAUAAGAGAGAGGGAGUGAGGAGAGAAAGAAGAGACUAACUGUGUUCUAACUGAAAACUGCAGUGCCUUUCUCAUAGUAAUGAUCGAGUUGAUACUCGGCAAUUUCCUGCCUCAUUUUUAAAACUGAUGUGGAUCCAGAAGCUCAUUUUCACCUUGGUGCUAAACACACGCAGACAUGUUUCUAUUUCAGUCCAUUUCCAUUAUUAGAACUUAACAAUCUGUGUCUGGUUGCAAAGCUGAGGUCACAGGUUAUGAGUCGGUUUCCAGUGAGGUGAAACCAUGGCCUAACAGUGUUGUUGGUCAUGAUUGGUCAAGCAUGUACGUCAUCACAUCUGUAAAAAAUAGGUGCACUCAAUAGUUAAUUUCACUGGUCUAAUCACCAUUUCGCUACUACUGGCAGUACUGAAACAAACUUUAAUUUUACAAGCUGCACCAGGACCAGUACUGUACCAGUACAAGUCUUCCAAAGGCAAGUUCCUGUUAGUGUAUGUGGAUAAUAAUGUCCCCUUUCCAUCAAGGAGCAGUGGUCAACCAUAUGGGACAAAUUACCAUCAUCACAUUGUAUUCUGAUCAUCUCUUUGUGUGUGUGUGAGGGUGUGUGUGUGUGUGUGUGUGUGUGUGUACAGAGCAGGUGUGCACAGAGGCUCAGGUAAAGCUACUGGACGUUGCAGUGUGGGGAUAAAGAUCAAAGACUAAGUCUGACAUUGUGGUCAGUUUGGAUGAUGUGAAACAUUACGUUUUAUUUUUCUUAAUAUUAUUCACGCAAGAGUAUCUUUCUGUCUUUCUGAACAGAUUUAGGAUCGGAAAACAAUUUGGAUUUCAGGUGAAGGUGUCUGGUCAGUGGUGACAAUGAGCCGUACCUAGCAAGAGUUUUAAGUCACAGCCAGUUCAUUGAUCGUCCCAGAUCAACCCCAUUGCACAUUCCAAAUGCCUUGUACCUCCAGGUUCAGUUUGCUACACACUCCUUUCUCAGCAACAUGACAGUUGUCAAAUGUUGGGAAGAGUGUACGCUGUAACAGUUAUUUUCAUCACUGAUUUAUAUGCCGAUGAUGUUCUAUCUCAUUAGCACAUUUGACAAUCUGAAGCGUUUUAUUUUGGCAUUUUUGCUGAAAAAUGACGGAAAUGAUUCAUCAAUUGAAAUGGUCGAUCAACUAAUUGAUUAAUUGACUAAUAGUUACAGCUGGGGAAGAGCUGGGCAUUGGAUCCAUUGCUCAACAGCACUGUGAAACCACAUUGCCCACAGUUGUGUCGAGAGACCACAGCCAUUUAUUUCUAACCCUGGCUAUUCAAACAGUGGCUAUAGCAGGGCGGCAUGCUAAUGAGAGGAGCCUGUUUAUCACGAAUCAUUUCGUUACUUCUGUGGUUCUUGAUGUGCAGUGGAAAUGAAAAAAAGGACUAACACAAUUUGUGAAAGGUUCAAGAAGAUAGGAGGUUACAGUUGAGAUGGGUCAUUAGGUAUGGAUCAUGUUACUGCAGGUGCUCAUCCCUCAGAAACACAAAAUCAAGCAAAAUCAACUCAAUGAAUGUGGCUAAUGCACAGUUACAGUUACUCUGCUUUAUAAUAUUAAAAUGUCACCUCGACUGUCUCACCACACACUGCCACACACUGUUUGUUGUAAGAAUAUAUUCUAAGAAUAAAGGGCACUGGAAUCAUGCUUUUGAUUGUCAGACAUAGAGGAUGUGUACAAUGGCUGCAGAUACAUGUACUAAGUGUACUGUAAACUGUCAGGAGCACACACACCAUUCAAAGGACGCUGAACUUUUAUAUUGCUUUAUUUAUGAUGGGGGGAUGCUGGUUUUUUUUUCUCAAUGUCACAUACACUAUGCUCUCAUUAUUAAGGAGCAAUGCUGGACAGAAGAGUUGCUAAAUCAUACACCAGUGUGCAAUAUUAGCUGUAUAAGCAUUAUUGUUAAAUGUAGCUCAGCAAGCAUAUAUAGUAUACCCACUGUCUAUUUGAGGGCCCAAACUGGCUGGCUGGGCAGACGCCGGGUCACACACGUUGACCCGUCCUGUCAGUGUCUGAAACCUCCACGAUUCCAGCUGUCCGACCGACACCACUCACAGAGUGCCUCCCGGCCUGCUGGCAGCAUAUGUAUCUGUUUUUAAACAUUAUACUCAUUUUGUCAUAUUUAUUACUUGUUUAAGUGUAAAUAUUAGUUUGAAGAUCAUGUUAGAAAGACCUUCACUGCUUUUAAAGAAGAAUGUGUGUGUUUCACAGGAUGGGGAAAGAACUUGUGUAAAUGUUGGGUGUGUUGGGUGAUUUCAGAGAGUUGUACCUAUUGCAUGAUUUAUAAUCAUAUUUUUUUUCUAAAAAAAAGAAAAGAAAAAGAAACCCUGACUAAUGUUUUUACU